UGCCCCUUCCAUUUAUCAUCCUCUUCAGUCCUCACCAGUUUGUGGCCAUCUUCAAAGACUCAGCGACUGCAAUCUGAUCAAACUAUUGGAAGCAAGUUUUGCAAGCUUGUCCAUGGCUGCUUCAUCAUCAUCCCCCAUCCCACCACCAAUGCGGGAAUACAAUGUCUUCUUGAAUUUCAGCGGCCCUGAUACUCGCGAGACCAUUAUUAGUCAUCUACGAGUUGAUUUGGAGCGAAACAACUUUCACACAUUUAGAGACGACAAAAACUUGGAUAGAGGACAGAGUAUUGGGCCAGGACUAUUGGAAGCAAUUGAGGAUUCAUCAAUGUCUCUUGUUGUGUUCUCAAAGAACUACUUUGCAUCGUCAUGGUGUCUGCGUGAACUAGAGAAGAUCAUGAAGUGUAGAAAUAACUCACAGCAUUUUGUUUUGCCCAUCUUUUAUAAGAUAGAGCCAUCUGAUAUACGACACUUAAACGGGAGUAUUGCAGAAACCUUGGCCAAAACCUUGGCCAAACACGAAGAACUUCCCAAGAUGGAGAACUGGAGAGCAAUUCUAACUGAAGUUGCCAAUUUGAGUGGUAUCGUCUCCAGUCACUAUAGGGAUGAAGCAAGCUUGGUUAAGGAUAUUGUUAAAGAGGUUCAAAGAAAAUUAAAUUUGUGCAUAGAUUUAAAUGUUGCAACCCAUCUAGUUGGAAUAGAGUCUCGUUUACAAAAGCUACUCAAGAAGUUGUGCUUGGAGUCAUCUGAUGAUGUUCGCAUUAUAGCAAUAUGGGGAGUCAAUGGACUAGGUAAGACAACAAUUGCCAAAGCUGCGUAUAAUUGUAUUCGUAGCAGGUUUGAAGGUUACAGCUUUGUCGCCAAUGUUAGAGAAAAAUGGGAGCAGUCAAAUGGGGAUUUGCUUACUUUGCAAAAUCAAAUUCGAUAUGAUAUCUCGAAGAAUAAAAGUUAUAAAAUUAGAAACUCUCAUGAGGGGGUUGAAUUCUUAAAACGCAGAGCUUUCUAUGGAAGAAAAGUGCUCAUAGUUCUUGAUGAUGUAGAUCGCGUGAAACAGUUGAAUGCACUAGCCAUUGAUCCAAAGUUCCUCUAUCGUGGGAGUAGAAUUAUUGUAACUGCUAGAGAUAUUUCUUCCUUGAACUCGUUUCAAUCAGCGCUUACCAUAUAUGAGCUUGAGCAUUUCAAUAUGGAUGAAUAUCUUCAACUCUUUAGUUUGCACGCCUUCAACGAACAUUAUCCUCCAGAGGACUUUAUGGAGCUUUCAAAUACAGUGGUGGAUUAUGCUGGGGGUAUUCCAUUAGUUCUUGAAGUUUGGGGCUCUUUUUUGAAUGGUAAAAACCAUAGUGAGUGGAGAGAUGCAACUAUAAAAUUGAAAAAGAUUCCUCAUGGUGAAGUUCAAAGAAUACUAAGGAUAAGUUUUGAUUCACUAGAUGAAAAAGAGAAAAAAUCGUUCCUAGAUAUAGCAUGCUUCUUUGAUGGUGAGAGUAAAAAUUUUGCCAUUCAAGUAUUGGAAGCCUGUGAGUUUUUCCCAGUAAUUGGACUUCGACACCUGGAGGAUCUUUGUCUCCUAAAAUAUGAUCCAGGACAUGCAAUUGUAAUGCAUGAUAUUCUCAAGCAGAUGGGUAAGGAGAUAAUUCGACAAGAGAAUGUUGAUUUUCCAAGAAAACGCAGUAGAUUAUGGGAUUCCAAAGAUGCCCUUAAAGUCCUGAAAAAUUGUGAGGGAACUGAAACAGUUGAGGGUCUUAUCCUAUUUCACAACGGAAAAGAUUUUAAAGUGAAAGCAAAAGCAUUUCAAAAGAUGACAGGAUUGAGGGUGCUUCAUCUCAAUCAUGUUCUACUUAGUCCUGGCAACAAGCUUUUGUUCGAAAAUUUAGUAUGGCUACGUUGGCAUCACUUUGAUCUCAGUGUUUUGCCAUCGCAAUUGUACUUGGAGAAUUUGGAUGCUCUUGACCUAAGUUACAGCAACAUAAAACGAGUUUGGAGGGGAACUAAGGUUUUAGGUAAACUAAAGUUUCUUGACCUCAGUUGUUGUGAUAACUUAACCACAACUCCUAAUUUCUCUGGGCUCCCUAAUCUUGAGAAACUGAUUCUUAGCCAAUGCGUAAGAUUGCAAGAGGUGGAUAAGUCUAUUAGACAUCUCAACAAAUUACUUGUUCUAGAUCUCAGUAGUUGCAGGAGAAUUAGGAAGCUUCCGAUGGAGAUUGCUAUAAAACAAGAUUGGAGGGUAAUUAUGGUUUUAAGUCAACUAAAAUUUCUUAAUCUCGGUUGUUGUCGUAAUUUAACCACAACUCUUAAUUUCUCUUGGCUUCCCAAUCUUGAGAAAUUGAUUCUUCGCAACUGCGUAAGAUUGGAAGAGGUGGAUAAGUCUAUUGGACAUCUUCAGAAAUUACGUGUUCUAGACCUCAAUAAUUGCACUAGCCUCAGGGAGCUUCCGUCGGAGAUGGCCAACUUGAAAUCUCUUGAAUAUUUAAUAAUGCAUCGACCCUUGAGCCAAUGUCAAACAUCGCCAAAAGGGAGUACAGGUUUUUUUCGGUUGCCACUAAACUUUGGAGUGGGCUUAAGGUGCUUAAAGUGGUUGCAGAUACAUGGCUACUCUUUGACUCAAUUACCUGGAUCUGAAUUUGGUUGCCUGCCAGAGAGUAUAUGCAACCUUACAGAAUUGAAGGGCUUAACAAUUAAAAAUUGCAAUUUGACAAAUCUGCCAAGUGAAAUUGGGAGAUUGAACCGAUUGGAAGUAUUGAAUCUUCAAGGAAAUAACUUUUGUAGCCUACCAGAGAGCAUCGGUGAGCUUACUAACUUACGAGAUGUCAAUUUGUCUCAUUGUGAAAGACUCCAAUCACUCCCCAAGCUUUCAGGUAGAGGAGGUCCGGACAGUUUCGUCACAGUUUCCAAUUGCCCAUCAUUAGAAAGCAUAUCACUCGAAUCAAUCAUGAACUAUAAGUUCAUGUCUUGUUACAAUUGUCCUAAGCUAUACGAGAAGGAUUCUGCCGACAAAAUUGGAACAAGGUUUUUCAACUACAAGGGUGCACUUUUAUUUAGAAUUGGGCAUUCAGGGGGCAUGUUUCCUGAUUGGUUGCAGCAUGAGACCACAAACUCAUAUUAUGCUCUCAAGGUGCCAUCUCUUGGAGUCGGAAAUAAGCAUUUUAUUCGAUGCAUUUUAUAUGCUGUCCACGUGAUGGACAUCGUGGACCAUCUUUCAUGGCCCAUGGUCUGCAAACUCCACAACAAAUCCAAAGACGUUUGCAACUAUUUUACAUUGACCCGGACAUUUUCCCGGGAGUGGACUCGCACAUUUAUUGGAGAUCAGAUCAUUCUUUGUUAUACUUCUUUUCCUGUGUACUGCUUGCAAUUGAAAGAAGGCGAUGAAAUAGAAGUUUCUUGGACGUGUGAAAAUAUGGUUUUGAAGAAAUGGGGAAUUCAUGUUAGUUAUUACACACUCGAUGAUCAUCAUCAGUAGUAGGUCCCUCUGUAACACAAGAUUGAAGAUUGAUUGAAUCAAGAAAUUGAUGAAAUCUAUUUUUUUGUAGCAUAUAUAUAUAUAUAUAUAUAUAUAACCAUUUAGUCAUGUUUUUUAAAUUUUUUUCCCACAUUUGUUAGCUGUUGGCAUGUAAUAAAAUAUAUUCUGCAAGCUUUAUAAUAAAUAUUAGUAGAGUUAAU